CUGCACUCUCGUCAGCGGCGUUCACCACAAAUGGCCACCAGUGAGGGCAACACUCCGACGUACAAGAUGACGUCCCUGAACAGCGACAUCAACCAACACUUCGAAGAUGCAAUCGAUGUGAUUAAGCAUCAUUCGAACACCUCAUACUAUGAUUCAGAUUACACGUACUACGAGACCCUGGGUGCCCAGCAGUCGUCCCUGCAGUGUCACAUCUCCUGCUGGCCCGACAUCCCGCCUCCGGGAUACGACUGGAACGACGCAGCCCAGCAGUCCUGGCCUCAGGUCAUCCCAGAAGUCUCCCUGAGUCACUCAGUGCAGAACGAACCUCCUCAUUUCUACUACAUCCCCCCACCGCAGAGGACCAGCAAAGGCCGUAAGAAGCUCAGGCUGUAUGAAUACCUCCACGAGGCUCUGAACGACCCCAGCAUGGGCGACUCCAUCCAGUGGACGGACAGCGGCAGCGGCACCUUCCACUUCGUCUCCAAGAACAAGGAGAAGCUGGCCGAGUGCUGGGGCCAGCGCAAGGGCAACCGCAAGACCAUGACGUACCAGAAGAUGGCCCGGGCGCUGAGGAACUACAGCCGCACCGGCGAGAUCAUCAAGGUGCGCCGCAAGCUCACCUACCAGUUCAACCCGGACAUCCUCCACCGGCUGGGCUCCACGCAGAUGCCCCGGCAGGCCCAGGUUCACGGCCCGCAGCAGACGCAGCAGCAGACGCAGCCGCAGACGCAGCCGCAGACGCAGCCGCAGCCGCAGCCGCUGCAGACCCCCGGCGAGCAGGGCUACUGCAGCGCCGCGGCGCCGCCCUGGCACAGCUGGCACGGACACUACCAGCUGCAGGAGGACUACGACCUGGCCCCCAGCUUCACCUCGCACACCAAGCUCUGAGUCCAGAGUUCACUUUCAGACGCUGAAAAAAAAAAAAAAAAUUCAAAUUUGGACUGAUUUUUAAGACUUGUGUUUAAUCCAU